AUGGAGGAUCUUCAAUCUGGAGCUGAUAUAUUUAUGAUUGGUCAAUUUGAUGUGAGUUUUUAUUCUUUUCAUUUGGUUGCUGACCGAGUUCAAGUAAUCACAAAGCACAAUAAUGAUGAACAACAUAUUUGGGAGUUUGCUGCUACUGGUUCAUUCACCAUUGCACUCGAUACAAUCAACCAACCUCUUGAACAUGGUUCUGAAAUCAGUAUCUUCCUUAAGGAAGAUCAACUCGAAUAUCUUGAGGGGGAAAAAAAAAAUAAAAGAAUUGUUAAAAAACAUUCUGAAUUUAUCGAACAUGCUUCUUUCUACAAAUCACUCAGUAACGAUCGGGAAGAUCAUUUGGCUGUUAAACAUUUCUCAGCUGAAGGACAGCUUGAAUUUCAUGCAAUUAUUUUUGUAUCAAGACGUGUACCUUUUGAUUUGUUUGAAACUAAAAAGAAGCAUAUCAACAUUAAAAUUUAUGUAAUACGUGCAUUCAUUAUGGAUGACUGUGAAGAUUUAUUGCCGGAUAUCUUAGCUUGUAAGGAGCAUUGUUAA